AUGAAGUUUGUCAGCAUCCUCCUCCCCUUUGUGGCCUUUGCGAUCUCGUGCACUGCCAUUGCAGUGCCCCAACCUGAUGCCUCUGGAGCUGACGAACCCUACAAGUAUGACGACUCGGAGGACGUUGGCAAGGGUGCCAUCGAGCCUCACGAUGUCAAGUGGAAGCAGACCGAGGACAAGCCUCUCUCGCAACUCAAGGGAGGACUCGGCUCUUCGGUCGAGGGCUUCUUCCCUGACAUGUCGGCCGAGAAGGUCGGUUUGGGUUGCGGUCUCAACUGGGACAAGGGCCAACUUCACGCUGGCUUUGACGGCGGCGAUCCCAACAGUGGCGUUGGAGGCGGAUUCACUUGGACUAAGCAGGCGCUCAGCAGCAUCGUCGGCGUUCACUUUGGUGAGACCAAGAUCAACCUGAACCUGACCGUCACCGAUCAGAACAAGGUGCUCUUCACUAUCAACGACAAAGAUGUUGACUGGAACCAGGUGAUGCAGCUCACAACUAAACCCAUCCCGCCGCAGCCCAUUCAAGACGGCAACGCCCCAGCUCCCCAGUCGCCACUGCCCGUUCAGCACGACAAGGAGCCCAAGCCGGACGCCUGA